GCAUCAACUUUAGUAAAGAUGGCGUAGUGCAAUCGUCACGUAUCGCAGGAGGCGACGUAAAUCCGCAGAUCCCGUUAGCAAGCUUUCAUGCCUGUUCUUGCUUCGACGCCAGACAUGUGUGAAGACUCGCCGAAGUCCAAAAUCUCAUUGGAUGUCGAGGUAUGCAAGCCCAUCAAAACAUUGGCAGUGGUGCGAUCGGCCGCCGACCCGACGAAGACACGUACGGUGAAAGUCUUGGACGAAGAUGCAUACACUGCUGAAAUCGGCAAGAUCAUAGAGCGGGACUUCUUUCCCGACGUGCCCAAGCUCAGAGCACAGAAUGAGUACCUCGACGCUCUCGAAGCCAACAACAUUACCAAGUUAAGGGAGCUACAGGAAAAGUAUCAACAUCGCGGCAGCACACGGAGCGUACUCCGUUCAAUACAAACACCAUCAACAUUUGAAACUCCAUCUCUGGAACCCAGUGCCACACCAGUCCCUUCGGAAUCUGGUCAUGCCUCUGAUAACCAGGCUUCAUCAGGGCUUGUGCCUGACAGUGAAGAUGGUGGAGGCAUCUCAUCGCAGGGCAGCCAGCUUUCGCUGGACGCAUUUAUGCACAAACACACCAGCGAGGACAACGCCUCCUUCGAAGUGAUGGUUGCCGAGGCCGAGCGGAGGCAUCGUGAGAAGCAUGCCUGGAUGUAUCACGAUGAGAAGGCUGAGGGGGCACCGCUGGAUGCCAUGCUUGAGGGGCCAACGCCAAAGCCAGCUUUGGAAGCGCCUUCAUCAGCUGCUGAGCCAGAAGGCACAAGUAACAGGAGUAACAAGCCUCUCAUCACUUGGCGUUACACCAACAAGAACUCACUCAUGUACAUACCGCCAGGAGCAGCCCUGACAGAGGAGGAGAAGCGAGAGCGUGGCCCAGGCCGAACCAUUGCACAUUGCCACACGCGUCUGGAACGCUCACCCUUCGAUGAGAACGCCAACAAAGAAGCUCUUGCUCAGGCAGCCAACGCCCAGGCCAAGGCGCUUGAAGGGAAGCUGGGUGUAGAUGGCCGAGAACUCCAGCCUGGAACAGCUUCGCCCAAGGUGGGCGGCUUUGGCUUUGUGGCCACACCAUCGCCUGCACCAGGUGUCAAUGAGACUCCGCUGCUGACGUGGGGCGAGAUUGAAGGCACACCUUUCCUAUUGGAUGGAAGUGACACACCAUUGCCACGCAACCCUGGUGGGCCCCAGUUCCGAAUACCCGAGCCCCGGUCUAGGGAGAGACUGGCUCACUCUCUAGCAGAUGGUGCAGCUCGCCGCAGUGCAGCCCAGAAGAAUGCGGCUCUUGAUCGUGCUCGCUCCUCCCUGCUCAGCCCAAGGCUAAGCCCUUCCCCCAAGUCGCCCCUAGCAUGUCUUGGCACCAUGUCACCCGCUGCACGUCAUCUGGCAUCAGCAAAGCUCGGCAUCUCCAAAGGUAUAGACCGGGCGCUGAGGGCCAGCUACACGCCGAAGACUGCCACUCCAGGCACACCAGUUGCAAGCGGCGCCACCCCAUCCCCCCUUGUGCCUUCACCCGCCUCCCGGAAAGAUGCGUGUCGACGGGAGCCCUACCUCUCCGGCAGCGACAGCUCUUCACUAACAGACAACCUAUUGAAGCUUCCUGUCAAGCGCAAGGCAGCUGCGGACUUCUUCUGAGCAGUCCGGGGAAGUGUACUUGCAUCUUGGUGACAUAUCUACAGCGAUUUCGGAGUCAACAGGGGGCGCUACAUGACAGCCUCCCGAUGUUGCCCAUCAAGAACAAAGUAGCAGCAUACUGAUUCCGUGCUGAGUCAGUGAGAUGUCGUUCUGUCACAUCAACCUGUCUGCAGUGACUUUGCUGUGAAGGUGAACAGUGGACUUGCAUUGUAGUGUGGGCAAGCGUAACUAUAGUCAGCAUUCAUACAUUGUACAUACAGUCCCAUUUGCCUUUUGGCUUCAAACUAUGCAUCGAUAAAAGUUUUUUACUAGUACUCUACCAUCGUUAACCACUUUAAAAACAAUGUGCAGCUGACAGCUUCUGUUAGCCUGGGCUUACCAAAGCAACAUUGUUGUGGUGUGAAUUAUGUGCUCUUCCUUGAUAUUGCAUUAUGAAUUGUGCCACUUGAAGAAUUGGCCAGAUCUUUGCAGCGUCCUGAACAGCAUUUUUUUUUACAUUGGCUUGUGACAGGGCAUAAAUACCCCUUGCACUGGUUUAUAAGACGCUUAGUCGGAUGAAUGCCUCUUGUGCCUUUUGGCAAAUUUUGUAGGUUGAGAGCUGCAGUUUUCUGUGGUGAAACUGGACACAUGCUAUUUGGAGCAUCACUUACCAUUGUAUUAAAAAAGUGAAUAUUGUAAUUAGUGCAUUAUUUUUACAGGAGACAACCUAUUGAUGUUCACGCAGUUAAUUUGGCUGUGAAGGUCAUUCUGAGGCUUUCAAGGUCAUUCGUGCAGUAUUGGUUACUUUUUUAUCCAAAACACUUAAUCCUUUUCAAGAGUCUUGACUGAAUUUAAAAUUGUUUCUUGUGAUUUUUUGGUAAGAUUGUCAAGUACAGGUGACCAGAGCACUCAAUUUCAUUGUGGAUGUUUCUGGUAUAUUUUACGUCAGUUUCUAAUAGUGCCACAACAAGUUUUGUAUUCCUCUUUCUUAUUCUAAAACACAUUGUAAGGUGACUUCCUUGAAUAGCGCCUGUGUGUUCUGUUCGUGUGUGUGUUCGUUCUUGAUUUCUAAACCAGCAACAAUUGAAAAAAGUGAGUUUAGCUUAUCAGAGUAAGCUGUGUGCUCUGAUUUAUUACACUUUAUGUGUUUAUAAAACAACUAUAUAUUUAAUGUGCAGUGCCGCUGUUCACCUAUUUAUCACGUGCUUCUAACUUACUACAUUUGAUAGUGACAACACAUGACGACAGCAACACUAAUGCCAAUGGACCAGGGUAUAAACCAGCGAUAAAACAAAAAUUUUCUGUGGCCAAGCAAACGCAGUGAGAAUUAAUCUUGAGUUUAUUUUGCUUGGAGAGCUCGUGGUCAACCUGCUGGUGGCACGGAGAGGGCACAACACGCCGGGAAACUGCCAACCGCGCAUUGUCAGGAGGCUGCAUCAGUGUCAUCCUCCAUAGGAAAAUUCACUAAGAGUGGUCAGGUUGCAUUCUCCUUCAUUUUUAAGUGUGGCAUAUAGUCUGUUUAUAUCAUCAAUCAUUGACCACUGUUUACAGAUGAUUCCCAGGAUGACGUCUGUCAGUGGAAGUUGAUUCCUUUUCGAAGUGAUGGCUCCACUCAUCUCUCAUUGUGCCAUUGUCUCGCUUAAGGGAGGUCUUCUUUCAGCAGCAUUAGUGUACUUAUUAUUUCAGAGUGCCCUAUUAAUGCAGGUUUAACUUCAGGGCUUAGUGUUCUCUUAAAGUUAGCUUGCCAGUGUAGCUGCUAUUUGGUGUGGCAAAAUUUCUCGCAGUGUUUGCACAUGUGCCAAUAAAUGGAAACCUUCUAAAAGGCAGAUCUGUCCAGCCGCCAUAGUGUUAUGCUACAGCCACAGUGGAGAAUGUUAGCUUUGUAUCUUCACAUGCCAUCAGGUAUAGCUGUUAAAAAAUGGAGUCGGUCACAUUUUCACAGGUGUCCUUUAAAAGCAUUGGUUUAUCUAUUCAUUAGUUGCUUUUAUGAAAAGUGAUAUUACUGUUACACUCUUUGUGAUUCCAAGGAAAAAGUUUCUGUUGCAUACACAUUUUCUCUGUUGCUUCCAGGGAAAGGGUUCUCUCAAGCCUUCGUGUAUUUCUAUACUGUUUGCAAUGCCAGCAUUUCUUCAUCACCUAGAGUAUCAGCAAAAGAACUGUCUAAGGUUUAAAGUACUUGAUAUUUUGGAGAGAGAGAGAUGAGAUUUUAUUCAUAAGACAAAAUUAUAAAAUGCAUGUAUGCCAUUGCUUGCUGAUAAAAAUAAUGUAUAAUGAUGUCUCAAUUACUGUUCAAUGUAGCUUUUUGAGAAGGCCUCAGUUUCAGUAUAUUGUUAGGCUGGGAUGUUCUCAAAUGUGUGAGAAAAUUUAUGUUGCCAACUUUUCACACAAAAAUUUGAACCGUCACGUAGCGUCUGUUUUGCCUUUAUUAAACCGUGCCUUUCUUGGUGUCAGAGCAGCAUUGGGUUUUGCCUAUCUGACACCAAGGUCACCAAGCAAGCUCACUUGGUGACUUUGGCUAUGCGCUCUUUGCCAAAAAGUGGGUGCUUAGAUUCGCAUGCAAACUUCUUUCUCAAUUUUUUUUUUGUGUGUGAAAAUGUGGUAAAUUUGUUCAGUGACACAAUUAACUGAACUGAACUGCAUACCUGUAAAUUGUGUACAUGAAAAUGUAAUAUACAUCAGUCUAUGUAUCCAGCUGCACCAAGUCCCAUUAAAGUUUUCAUAUUGACUGUUAUUACAGAAA